GUCAACAGGAAGCGGAGGAAGCGUCCUUGGAUAUGUUCGUGUCCGUGUUCAAAGUGUAAAUAGCGACAAACACGCACCUGAGAGAGAACAUUAAAACGUUUGCGAGAUAAAACAGUCCAUUUAAACAUGGAAUCUCCAGCUUCUUAGUCUUUUGAGCCCAAUGCAACCAUGAGUGCAGCAGCUCUUAUAGGAGACCAGCUGAUCCUUGAAGAGGACUAUGAUGAGAAUUAUGCACCCUCUGAACAAGAGAUCCAAGAGUAUGCAAGAGAGAUUGGCAUUGACCCUGACCGUGAACCGGAGCUCCUGUGGCUGGCCAGGGAGGGCAUUGUUGCCCCUUUGCCUCCUGAAUGGAAGCCUUGCCAGGAUGUGACGGGCGAAAUCUAUUAUUUUAAUUUCUCCUCGGGCCAGUCCACGUGGGAUCACCCCUGUGAUGAGCACUACCGCCGCUUGGUCGUCCAGGAGCGGGAGCACGUGCAGCUCACAGCCACUGCCGGGGGGGCAUGGGUGAAGAAGGACAAGAAGAAGAAGAAGAAGAAGACGGAAAAGAAGGAGAAUAAAGAGAAAAAGAGGAAACCGUCUGUCAAUGCUCCUGGAGGACUGACUUCAGUCUUUCCAUCCCCACUGGUCAGCCUGGCUCCUCUGCAAAGCCCUGGUCCACUCUCUGGAAAUGCCCCUGCUCUCCGUGGGUCCCUCAGCAGCUCUGGAGGACUCGAGCCCCUCAAAUCAACCUUAGGGGAUUUCAGAAAGAGCGGUGCAUCUAGUGUUUUAGGCAGCAGGCAGAAGCUUGGGUCCCUUACUCUGCCAGGUUUUGAUGAUGAUGAUGACGACGAUGACGUAAGCUCAGAAAAGGAGUCAGGUCCUCAGGAUCCCAGCAGGCUCCUGAAGAACCUGCUCCUGGACCAGAAUGCACUUGGAGGAGGUCUUCAGUAUGAGGACAGUGAAGCCAGUGGCAAAGCUGCACAGGAGGAAAGGACGGAGCCAGAGCUGCAGGACUUGGCUCUGUCCGGAGACCACAGCCCUGAACCACUGUCCCAACAGGAUUCUUUGAGGGGCCAUCACCUUCAUCUGUCCCCACGUCUCCUCAGACCUUACCCAGAACACUCUGCUGAACAUUCAAAGCGAGAUGUAGCCGAGGACUUCAGUGAAGUGGAGGAUGGAGGUGUUAAAGGCGAAGGUGGCAGUUUUGAAGAAGGGGUAGUAGAGGAGGGAGAUAAAGGUGAGGAAGGAGAGGAAGGAAAUAGGAGCGGCAGAAAGGAGGUAGAUGAGCCAGAAGAAGGGCAAGAAAGGAGUAAAGCAACUAUUGAGAGGGAGAACGACGAUGAGGAGGAGGAGGAGGUAUGGGUCGAAGAGGUAGAGAAAGAAUGCUGUGAAGGUGAGAACGAAGAGAAGGAAGAAUGGGACGAUAGAGUGACGGAAAACAAACCCAGUGAGAAGCAGGAAGAGGAUGACAGCCAUGACAAAGUAGAAAGAUGCUUUGAAAGACACAAAUACAAAGAGUGUGUCAAGGCUGUGGAACGUGUAGAGGAGGAGAAGGAGGGGAUGCAAGGAGGGCUAGAACAUGAGCAAGAUGGUAAUACAGACGUGGAAAAGUGCUUUAAAAGUGAUAAAGAUGACAAGACCAUAGAUGAGCUCAGUGGAAGUAUGCAUGAUGAAGAAAGUGAGGAAGAAAAGGGAGAGGUGAGUAGCAUAGGAGAGCAAGAGAAGGAAAUGGACAAAGAGGAGGAGGAGGAGGAUGAUGGAGAGAGCGAGGAAGUGUUGGAGAGAUGUUCUUUAAGCCAGAGGAAUCUGACAGAGAGUGAAAAAGAUGUUUCAGAGAGAUGUGUGCUGAGUGAAGGAGGUGAAGGAGGUGAAGGAGGUGAAGCCGAGGGCGAAGGGUCGGAAUCACAAAAGCUUCCAGCAGCUCUGGAGAGGGAGAAGGAAGUCAAUCAGGUUUUUAAGAUGGAAGCAGCUCAAGACCGACGAGCAAAGCUGGGCCAGAAGAUAAUGUUGAGGGACCUCAAACGAUGUGACGACAAGAGCAAAAUUCAGAGGAAGAAUAUGACAGAAAAAUGCCAAGCUGAAGAGGAGUCUGACACCAGUAAACACAUCCAGACUUCAGCCUCCUUUGAUGUUAAGGUGUCAGAACAUUUUCUGGACGUCAACAACCUGUCUGCUGCUGAGCCAGAGGAGUCUGAGGAGGAGGUGAAAACAAAGACUGGCAGCAGGUAUGUGCAUGCUGAAGAAAAAGGUCACCUCCCCAAAGUUGACAGGCACAGGUCCAGCCCUCCGCCCUCCUCUUGCCCCUCCUCUUGCCCCUCUCCCUCGGAGCAAAGUGUCGAGCUCCAGCCCAGAAGCUCUCUGGAGUUCCAGAGGCCUAAAACUGGCAGAGGGCGACGGGUCUGCAGUGUCAUCACUGAACCUGAAGCUGCUGAACUCGCCUCACAAAACCCAGACAAGCACAGCUGGAGAAUCCCCAAAGAAAAGGACAGUGUGAAAAAGGAAGCGAGGACGAAGACCGAGAGAGAGGAGAGGAGCCUGAGAGAAAAGGAGGACGAGAAGGAAAAGAGGGAGAAGGAGAUGACAACGCAUCUCCUCGAGGAGAAGCUGAAGAGAGCGGAGGAGGAGGAGCAGGAGGAGGAGAGGAAACUGAAAGAAGAAAGUGAGAAAAUACUGAGGGCUCUGAGGGAGCGUCUGCUCUGUAAGAGGAGAGAGGAGGAGGCGCGUGUCACUGAGGAGUCUGAGAGGACACUGGAAAAACUCAGAGAGUCUGUCCAGGAGGAGACGCAGAAGCAGAAGCACAAGCUCAGGCUGGAGAGUGUAGCCAUGCUGAAAGAGUUCUGUGUGACUCUCGAGGACGAGCGAUCAGCAGAGCGGGACAGACUGAUCGCUCAGAAGAAACAGGACAUUGAGCGUCUGAGGGCAGAGUUGGACGAGGAGCUGCAAGGAGAGAGGAGGAGACUGCUCCAGGAACAGGGAGAGGAAGUGAACUCUCUGAAACAGGAGGUCAAAAGCAGUGAAAGGAAGAGGGCGCUGACGGUGAGUCCACGCCCUGAACAGCACCUGGCAGACUACCAUCGAGAUCUGGCUGAUUUGCUGCAGGGAGUGCGGGAGGAGGUGCAGCGUGAUCAUGAGAGGAAGUUGGAGGAGCUGAGGAAAGAACAUCUGAGAGAGAUUAACAACAUCAGGGAGAAUUACCUGAAUAAGGAGUCUGAACUGCAGGCUCUGGCAGAUCAGCUGGAGCUGAGAGCUGAAGAGCUGAAGAGUCUGGAGGCGAUGCUGCAAAACAAGGUGGCCGAUCUGAACAAAAGGAAGAAGAUGUUUGGCGAGAAAGAGGAGGAGGCCGUACCUCGGCUGAUCCAGGAGAGAGACCAGCUGAGAGAAGAGCUGGAGAGGACGAGAACAGAGAAACAUCACGCACAAGAAUCUGCUCAGAGAGCCAGGGAGGAGAGGAGCAAGGCCAAGGAGGUGGAGGAGCGACUGAGAGAGGAGAGGAACAAAGCCAGAGACGAGAGCAGGAGAGCCAAGGACGAGCAGGAGAAACUACAGAGGGAGGUUCACCUGCUGCAGGAGAAACACCACUCUCUGAGCUGCAGACUCAGUGAGUUGGAACAUGAAGAAGGAAGUGUCUCCCUCACACGAGAACCUCAGUCAGACAAAGUGAGAGGAGACAAACCCGCGGCACCUGGGCCGUCCACUGACAAGAGAGGAGGCUUGGCUGAUCCCCCUGUCCCCUCUGGACCUGACAGCCAGAGCAUGGACGACUCUUCGUCUGGAGCCUCCAUCCACAAAACCAAAGUCUUCAAGGAGAGGAAGAGCAAUCAGCUGCUGGAGACUCAGACCAGCUCUUCUCAGGACCUCAACCAUGAAGGCAGCGUGACGGAGGAGAUCCUUCACUUCCUGCAGGAAGCCAGAAAUGUGUCUGAGCUGGAGCGGAUCGUUCAGAAAGGGAACACGCUCCUGCGGAGGACAGAGGAGCAUCUUCAGCAGCUGGACAUCUCCAUAGCUGAAGAGCCUCUGUCUGAGGAUCUGUCUCCGCUGAGGAAGGUGACCUUUGAUGUUCUGGACUCAGACCUCAGCAGCUCUGCAGACCCACACAUCAAAACAAAGGGUCAUUCUGCAGUUCCAGCCAAAGUCCAGCAGUUGGCAGAGUCCCUGCAGCAGAUCUCAGGCCAGCUCAACACGGUUCUGAGUGCACUGGGUUCAAUAUCUCAGAGGCAACAGAGUUCCACACCUCGCACGGCCUUCUCUCUGCACCAGCCUGACUCCGCCUCCUCUUCUAAGCCAGUCCUGCCACACAUGCCCACCGUGUGCCAUCACUCCAUCUCCGCCCCUCCCUUCAGGAAGCUCUCAGAACAUUCAGGGAAGUGGGUUCCUCAGGAAAGUCUCUACAGCGCCUCUGAGGACCUCGUGAACAGGCGAUGGAGCCAGAUGUUCCCCGGAGCCGCGAUGAACCCAGUCACCUCCAGCACCACAAUAUCCACCUCAGCCUAUUCAUCAUACACUCCUUAUAGUGAACACCGUCCAGGUCUGCAGCUGGUGACACAGUCAGUGGAGGUGGACGGUGAGAGGCUGCAGAGGGAGAUCGACAGCAAGAAGAGGUGGCUGCAGAGACGCAUGAAAGACACCAGCAUACCUCUGUUAACUCGCUGUCAUCCUCCGUCCUCUAAGAGUGGCCUGGUCCAGCUGGGCCUGGAUGAUAAUAAUCAGAUCAGAGUCUAUCACUACUGAGGAUACGGCACACAGCUGUGACAGCCACUGAGGACACAGGUCAGAGGUCAGCGCUGUGACAGUCCCUGAGGACACAGGUCAGAGGUCAGCGCUGUGACAGUCACUGAGGUCAGAGGUCAGCGCUGGGACAUCUGCACACAUGUGACUGCAUCAUGUCAGAGAGGGCUGAAGACUUUUAUUCUCCACAUUUUAUGCCACUGGUUUCCUAUUUCAGUGUCUUUGAUCUUGUUAUUUCACCUGUUUGUUUGUUUUUGUUUUUUUUUUAAGUGAAACUGACUUUUAUUUUGCCGUUACUUUCUCUCUCAUACGUCACAAUGACAUUUCUUUUAAAUUCAUUGCACGACUUGAUCCACCUGGCAAAUUAGGCAGUGAGGAGCGUCCAUUAUGGUAUGGACAGUUUGAUCAUGCUGUUAUUGGGCUCUUGUUUGUCAGUGAUGGUGUUUAACAGCGGAGCAGUAAAGCUUAAACCAUGGCAGCAGAGGCAUUUUUCCAUAGAACAAAGAUCAAUUAAGGAAGGUGGAAAAUCAGGUUGUAAUACUGGCAAAUAAUGUUUUAUUAUUUUAAAGUUUCAUUAAUAAAAAUGGAUUCAUUGCAUUAAGAUCAAUAAUAAUGACUCAGUAAUGUAAUAAUUGUGACGUUCUUGUUUACCAGCAGAAAAGGUUGUACAAAAUGUUCUUUGAGUUUAUAAAUAAUGUGCAUAUGUUGUAUUUUUUUAUUACAAAUCUUAUUAAAUCCUGUAUAUAUAUGUGUA